GUCCAUUAGCUUAUACCAUAAUGGCAUCUAAUUCUCCUCGGGAUUUAGAGCAAAUUGUAAGAGAUGGACUGAGCACUCUUGUAUUUGCUUUUGGUCACAAAGUUGGAAUAAUUGACGCCUUCAUUGAAUUCAAAAAUCCUUGCACUGCAGAGGAACUCAGUCAAAAAUCAGGCCAAAAGUUAAGGUAUAUACAAGAAUGGCUUGGCUGCAUGAUCUCGGCAGGAAUCGUCAAACUUCACGAAGACGGCAAAUAUUCACUUCCAUUUGAGAAAUCCCUGCUUAAAAAGUAUGGUUUAAUUGCAAAUGUGAUCCCUAUAUUUAGCGAAAUGUUUCCUCAGCUGGAGAAAGUCAUGUCAAAAGAUGGACCAAGGGGUUACGGAUACUAUGACCCUUUUCUUGCGUGGGUAGACACAUACCGCACACCGGAAGCUCUUCAGGAGUGGAACAAAAACAAUCUGCUUCCUGUAUUAGAACUUAAACCAGGGACCGAGUUUACACUGUUAGAUAUUGGUUGUGGCUAUGGUAAGCAUACAAGAGAAGUGUCCAAAUUGUACCCUAACUGUACUAUUUACGGUAUCGACUCGGAUAAAGUCUCCAUAGAUCAGGCCAUCAAAGAACUUCAAGAAAAUGAGCAGAAGAACAUCAUCUAUACCCAUAUGAAAGGUGGACAACUCCCACAGGAUUGGACUGAAAAAUUUGAUUUCGUCAUAGUAAACGAUGUACUUCAUGAUGCAUACGACGUCGAUGGAAUUCUAAAAGAAACGAAGCGAGUCCUCAAACCAGAUGGCUACGGAAUGGCAUAUGACCCCCCUGUAAGCUCAUAUCCUCAAAAGCAAGCUAACAACCCGUCGGCGCAGUUUUAUUUGCCCUUUGGCCUCUUCAAUUGUCUUCCGGUCAGUUUAUCGGGUCCAUCGGGGGAAGGACGCGGUGUUGGUUGGGGUUACGAGCGUCGGAAACAGGAAAUAGAAGAACAUGGAUUUCGAGUAAUAAAGGUCGGCAAAAAGGAUAUUGACACAGUGCAAGAAGGAAUUGUUUUUUCUAAAAUUAAUUCGUAAAUAAUUGUCAUGGUGAAUACUACGAUAAUUUCAGUGAAUGGAAUUCUUGACUCAAUUUCAUUUCGGUGCUAUUUUUAACCUUUUAUCAUAUUUGGUAUCAAUAUUUUUAAACGCAAUUCCACAAGUGUUUAUUAAUUAAACAGACUAGUAAAAUGUU